CCCAGCUCUCCCGAAACCCUAGUAUUACAUCAUUCUAAUCAAUCACAAGACCCCUCGUCACCUAGACCCGCCAUCCCGACCUACUAGCUGCUUCCCCAUCCUGACUUGCCUCCACACUUGCUGUUCCUCAAGCGCAUGCACUUCUGCUCUGCAACCACCUGAUAAAUACCACGCGGGAUCUGCUUGCCGACUAGCGAUAGAAACGCAAUCAUCGAGCCAGACCGACGAAGCGAUAGAUACCCCUACCCCUUCCUCCGCCCACAGCCACCGACGAAUAUCCCCACAACCUUCCUAACCCGUCGUACCCCUCACGAAACUUUAUCAACCUCCCCACUUACCUCCAUCCCACAUUCACCAACCUGGCAGGCCACAAGCGUCGCAGUCUCUCCUCGCAAGGAGGCCUAUUGAAUAGGAUGUUUGGUGGCGGCUCGAGCUCUUCGGUUUCAAAGCCCGAGAACUCUUCGUCCUCCGACGCCAGCACUAGCCAGAAAGAAAAGGUUGGCAGUAAGUCGCCGUCGCCUGAUGCUAACGCCGCAUCCAGCUCCGGCGGAGCUUCUCCGACGCCCGUAAAGACUACCAACCAAGCUGGCAGCGGGGAGAAACGCAGUGGCAAUGGCAGCCCGCCGAGCUCGGGAACCUUGGCGGAACAGAAGAAGCGCCGGAGCAGUGGGGUGAGCGGCAGAGCCAGCAGCCUGAUAGCCCAAGCUAAGAAUACGCUCUUUACGCAGGUUGGGAAUCGUACCAACAACACUGAACCGGCCUCCGAGUCCAAGACGGCGAACCCGAGUCCUCUGCAAAAGCUCGGCAAGCAGGAUCAGGCACUCGCAGUACCCCAAGGGCAACACAACAAUGCCGCUGGGGAGUCUCUCCCCGGUCCCAGAUCGACGUUCCGUGUCGGUGUUUGGGAAGAUCGGAAUAAGAAGUGCAGGCGGACUAUGGAAGAUACUCACGCCUUCCUCUACAAUUUCCUUCACACCCCUGCUCCGGCGCUAGGUGCUGAGACCGGAAACCAGAAGUCUCAAAAGUCUGCCAACGAUCCCAGCAAGCCUCCUCAGAGUGGCGGUGUUCCUAAGAGUGGCGGUGUUCCUACCCCGGACAUGGUAGAGACGGACAAUGGCUACUUUGCUAUCUUCGAUGGACACGCUGGGACAUUUGCUGCAGAUUGGUGUGGGAAGAAACUGCACAUAGUCUUGGAGGAGAUCAUCAGGAAAAACCCGAACCUGCCCAUUCCUGAGCUACUCGAUCAGACCUUCACAUCAGUCGACACACAGUUGGAGAAGCUGCCGCUCAAGAAUAGCGGCUGCACAGCUGCCAUUGCUGUCCUGCGCUGGGAGGAUCGGGUUCCAAGCAAUUUCUCGGCGACUGGCUCUCAGGCCAUCGCGCCAGCUAUUGCAAAGGCCGCGGAGGAGGCUUCCAGAUCGAAAGACAUCGAGGCCCCCGACGCCUCAAAUUCUGCUGCCAAUCCAGAGGUAACUCACUCGAGAUUAAGAACCGCCGCAACGAGACAGCGCGUCCUCUACACGGCGAACGUUGGCGAUGCCCGCAUCAUUCUCUGCCGCUCGGGGAAGGCCCUUCGUUUGUCAUACGACCAUAAGGGGAGCGACGAGAAUGAGGGCAAGCGCAUAACUAAUGCGGGCGGCUUGAUCUUGAACAACCGCGUCAAUGGUGUACUCGCCGUAACGAGAGCUCUGGGGGAUUCGUACAUGAAGGAUCUCGUCACUGGACACCCGUACACGACAGAGACUGUCAUUCAGCCUGAGCUGGAUGAGUUCAUCAUCAUUGCUUGUGACGGCCUAUGGGAUGUUUGCUCUGACCAGGAGGCCGUCGACCUCGUCCGAAACAUCCAGGACCCCAGUCCGGCCGCCAAAUUGCUCGUUGACCACGCGCUAGCUCGCUUCAGCACUGACAACCUGUCGUGCAUGAUUGUGCGAUUUGAUAAGCAGGCCCUGCUUGAGAACCAGAACAACAGAGACAACCCAAUCGGCGUGGAAGGCGACUCAGCAGCUAGAUCGGGUCAUGUGAGCGAGGCGGACAAGAUCGUCAUCUCGACAAAGCAGAAGAUUGCGGAAGGCGGAGCGCCGGCUGUCGGCAUCUCGGCUACCAACAGCGGUCGUGGCCAUGACUCUGUCCCCACCGAGGGCGGGGAUGCGUCUUUCGUCCCGACCAUGAUUGAGGGAUCUGUGGAAGAAGAACCAAGUUCGAUCGACGAUUCUCCGGAAGUGACACCCGGCGUCGCCGUCCCCGAGGUGACCAUGGGCUCCCCGAAGUAGCUGGCCCAAUUCAGGAUAGCCAGAACCUUUUGCAGCUGUACCGUUGUCAGCUUUGCUACGUGGUGUGUCCGGGGAUCAGCGGAGGACAAAAAUUCCAGCCGUGUGACUCGAUAUGUUCCACGACCAAUCCUCGGAGU